AUGAAGUUCGCCCUCCUCUCCGCUUCCGUCGCCGCCGUCGCUUUUGCCUCCAGCGAACAUGACGGCAAGCGCCUCAUUCGGCUCUCAGCCGACCACUCCGAGUGGAUGACCGAUGCCCAAGUGGCGGACUUAGCCCUCCGUGACAUCGGGUUCUUGGACGACACCGACGGCGAGUGGACCCGCGUGCUCGAGUUGGGGGCGGCUCGCCAGGCCCAGAAAAGCACCCUCCAAGGACGUGCCCUCCAAGAAGCAACCCCCUUUGUGAACAAGUUUGCAAACCGCCUUUACAACUCGACCGAAGGCGCGCAGUCGUGCGGGUGGAUCUACGGCCAGGUGGCCGAGUUGGCUUCUUCGGUGGUGGCCAACACCAACGUUAAAGUUACCGUGCGACAGUUCGUCCACCCGUGGGGACAGUACUCUGUGAUUGCCCGCGUCGAGCCUACUACUAUUGUCAAGGACGACAUUGUCAUUUUGAGUGCGCACCAAGACUCGAUCAACACAAGAGACCGAAGGGACAUUGUGAAACGCAAGAUCGCCCCCGGGGCCGACGACGACGGGUCGGGAACCGUGACCAUCUUGGAGUCGCUCAAAUACUUGCUGGCGACCCCUGAGUGGACCCCCAUUCGGCCCGUGGAGUUCCACUGGUACGCCGCCGAAGAAGUCGGCAAGUUUGGGUCCUUGGCAGUGGUGGCAGAGUAUGCGAACGCCAGCACAGCCGUGCUCGCCCAGAUGCAGCAGGACAUGACGGGGUACGUCGCCCCAGGCACGAGACCCGUCGUGAACUUUAUCUCCGACUUCACCAACAAGAACCUCAACAACUUCGUGGAGACGCUCGUCACGACCUACUUGGGCCUUCCCGUGAACCACUCAGCGUGCGGCUACGGCUGCUCGGACCAUUUCUCGUGGAACGCGUCUGGGUACCCCUCGUCAUUUCCGUUUGAAACCGAGUUGGCGGACAUGAACCCAUACAUGCACUCCGAAAACGACACGAUCGACACCAUCGAUUUCAACCACAUGGCCGAUUUCACCAAGCUCUCGAUUGCUUACGUUGUCGAGCUGACUCAGGACAGCGCCACGUCAUGCUAA